AUGCAAUUCCACUUUCUCAACAUCCUUGCCGUCGCAUUGCCUCUUAUGGGCUCUGCAUCUGCCUGGGCGAACCUCAUAUCAAAGUGCGGAGUGAGGCCACCGGAUGGAGCCGGGAACUGUGAUCCUGUCGACGCGGCCAAGUGCACAUCAAAUCCAAUUAUCGCUGGAACUCCAAUACAAAUUCAUCUCAGCAUGGGCAAGACCUGA